AUGUGGCAAGCACAGGUCAAGAGUGAGACAUACACCACGGAGGGAGAAGUCGAAGCUAACAAGAGGAGGAAGACAUCAGAACCCAGCUCAAGCGAUAACGCGUCGCCACCGAUCGACAAGCAAGAGAAGAAGGGCGGCGGGGACUUUGCGGCGGCCCUGUUGAAGGCUGCAGUGAUGGGCAGGGAGGACGAAGUGGUCAAGCUGCUGGACCUGGGCUGCGGCAAAGAGGAGCGAGAGACGGCCCUGGUCGGGGCAGCUUCUGUAGGACACGUGGGUGUGGUCGAGUGCCUCCUCCAGCGCAGCGCUUCGCCCAACGCCGCUGACGAGGGCGGCUACAGCGCGCUGCAUGCCUCGGCCAAGAACGGCCAUCAGCGCAUCGCCGAGCUGCUGCUCGAGGCCGGUGCGGACCCGCAUGUCGUCGAAGACCUGGAGAAGGAGACGCCGUUGCAUGUGGCCGCCCUCAAGGGCCGCCAGGGUGUGGCCCUGGUGCUGCUGCGCCGAGGCGCCCGACCCGACACCCGCGACCGACGCGGCUACAGCGCCCUGCACCACGCGGCGGUCAACGGCCACCUCUCGCUGGUGCGGCUUCUGGUCGAUCAUCGCGCCACCAUAGACCUGCGUUGUGAGCGAGGCCGUACGCCACUGCACGCGGCCGCCCUCCACGGCUUCGAUGCCAUCGCCGAUCUCCUGCUGCAGCAGGGCGCCGAUCCCAACGCUCGCGAUGCCACCGGCUCCACAGCCCUCCACUACGCCGUGCGUGGUGGCCACUCGGGCGUGGUCUCGCGUCUGCUCGCAGUCGGUUGCGCCCUGGGCGCCAACCAGUUGGGACUCACCGCGCUUCACCUGAGCGCCCUGUGCGGCGACGAAGGGCUGGUCGGCACGCUUCUGGAGAACGCCGACGACGAGACCGUGGAGGCCCGCGACGUCGACGGCCGCACGGCGCUACACCACGCCUGCAUGGCCGGUUCGCUGGGUGUGGUGCGUCAGCUUCUGGCUGCCGGCGCAGAUCCCGAGGGCAAGGACGGCGGCAACGACAAGUCCGUGCAGCUCGCCGCCCGGGCAGGUCACAUGGCCGUCGUCAAGGCCCUCCUGCACUCGACUCACACCUCCUCUUCGCCGCCGCUCGUCGUAGAAGCAGCUUCUUCUUCCGCGGCCGCGACAGAGACUGGCACCGUGAACACGACAGGCCCGGAAGAGCAGGACAACGACUGCCGGGCCAAGAAAGAAAAGGAGGGUACAGACGCGACACCGGUGAAGGAGGAUGGUGGCGAGGUGGGCGACCAGGACGAGGACGAAGAGGUGGAGAGAGAAGACGAAGAGGAAGAGAUGGUCAUCGAUGACGGGGACGAGCUUGAACCGGAGAAUGAGGCCUGA